UUUCCCAAAUGGUAAAUAUAUAUAGAUAGAUAAAUAUGGUCAUGUGCGAGGAGCGAGAGAAACCCUAGAGUGAGAUCCUCGCUUUCCUUGCUCUUCUCCGCCGUGCGCUCCUCCCGCGCUAGCGGAGCCCUGGCCGCAAGAUGAAGUUCAAUAUCGCGAAUCCGACCACGGGGUGCCAGAAGAAGCUUGAGAUCGAUGAUGACCAGAAACUCCGUGCAUUUUUUGACAAGAGAAUCUCUCAGGAAGUCAAUGGGGAUGCUCUUGGUGAGGAGUUCAAGGGCUAUGUCUUCAAAAUCAUGGGUGGGUGUGACAAACAAGGUUUCCCUAUGAAGCAGGGAGUGUUGACUCCUGGACGUGUUCGUUUGCUGCUUCACAGAGGAACCCCAUGCUUCCGGGGGUAUGGUAGGCGCAACGGAGAGCGCAGGCGUAAAUCUGUUCGAGGGUGCAUUGUUAGUCCUGACCUGUCAGUUUUGAACUUGGUCAUUGUCAAGAAGGGUGAGAAUGAUCUUCCUGGAUUGACUGACACAGAGAAGCCAAGGAUGAGAGGACCAAAGAGAGCGUCUAAGAUCAGGAAGUUAUUCAACCUCUCAAAGGAGGAUGAUGUCCGAAAGUACGUGAACACUUAUCGUCGAACAUUCACCACCAAGUCUGGAAAGAAAUGUAGCAAGGCACCAAAAAUCCAGAGGUUGGUAACUCCAUUAACACUGCAGAGGAAGCGGGCCAGAAUUGGUGAAAAGAAGAAGAGGAUUGCCAAGGCCAAAUCGGAAGCAGCUGAGUAUCAGAAGCUUCUUGCCAGCCGGCUCAAGGAGCAGCGUGAGCGCAGGAGUGAGAGCUUGGCCAAGAGGAGAUCCAAGCUUUCUGCUGCAUCAAAGCCUUCCGUUACUGCAGCGUCUUAGAUUUGGUGAAUUCAUAGAACUACCAAUGUUGGCUUAUUUCUAGCUUCAGCGAUGACUUGGUUUCUUCUAUUUUUUGAAUAUAUACAUUGAGGUCUAAAUGCUACUAUUCUUAAGAUAUAGAAUUUCGCUGCCUGAAUUCUGGGUUACAUAUAGUUUUGCAAUGUUUUGUAUUGUGAGAUACAAUUGUUGAUUGUGUAUUUGCUACUUGAAGCAUAUGCCAGAAUGUGUUGUGGGAACGGUCCAAAUCAUUGGUUUCUCUGCUUCCAUUUGUCAAAUCCCUGAGUGAGAUAUUUCAGCUUUC